AUGGUGCGCAAGAAAAGGAAAGGAGUUGUGAAACAAGCGGCGCAGGCCGUCGAGGGUGGCCACGCAGCGUCGCCACCUGGCGUUGACCUGCGUCAGGUGCUAGAAAAUGUGCCCAUGAACAUCGAGCUCCCUGCCGCGCUCAGUGGCGGUGGUAGCAAUAGCUGGAGCGACCUGGCGCAGUGGUACGAGGCCCUGUGUCUGGCGCAUCGCAGUGUUUACGCGCAACGGAAGCAACUUCAACAUUUCCGAUCCAAGUGCAAGUUGCUUAUCUCAGAUACCGAUUCCGCACUCGAAUGCGCCAUCUGGCGACUCGUGUUCCGUCUCAGUAUGCAAGUGGCUACGCAGCCUCUGCGCAAGAACUUGGACUUGAUUCUGGCCGUGCUGGCACAGGAUAAAGACUCGGCCUCACAGCUGCGCGUCGUCGCAGCAACAGAGCUGCGACUGUUCCUGGACACGUUGUGGGCAGACGCACACACGUUGAAGCCGUUGCCGGUGGAGCACCGCGUGGCGGUACUCGACCAGCUGCUGCACGUGAUCGAGUUUCCCUUUCUAGCUCGUGUGUUGGUCGAGAAUCCAAGUACUGGCGCUCAGUAUGGUGACGCUCAGCAUCUACUGCAGUUUGUCACGUGCUGUGCGGACCAAUUGGAGGCUCUGGGGGCGCCCAUUGUCGAGUACCGUGUAGCAAAGCAAGCGCAGGACGUGGAAGAGGCGGAAGGAGGAGCAGCAGCAGCAGGAGCAUCGACUAACGUGGUCUUGGUAGCGUCCGAGCGCUGCGGGCAUGCCCUCAAGAGCGUAAUUGUGCUGGCAACGAUGAAGGACGUGCUGGAUCGCCGUUUGGAGCACUGCCACGGACCUAGUCUAGACCUGUUGGUGGCGGCUUUUCUAUGUAUUCUGAAGCACUGUGUACUGCUGUUACAGACCACCGUGGUGCACAAGGACCUGCUUACGCAAACAGGUCUGGCGUAUUGUUUGGUGCUUCGAGUGUUGCUCCGCUUCUCGGUGAACGCUCUGGACGUUUCUGGCUCGGUAACGAAGCUUUUGCUGCAGACAGCCUUUCCGGGGCUGGUUAUUGUCAGUACGGGUACGUGUACUAGCUCACCGCUACGAGCACAUAUUGAAGAGGACAUGAAGAGCUUUGUCGGUCUGUCGAGACUUGCAGUGUACCGUGGUUUGCUUAACAGUCUCGCAAAUGAUGAUCUUGCCCUUCCGGCUGUUCAGGUUGGGCUGGAAAAUAAAGCUUCCCCGUUGGAACAAACGGUAUUAAACGCCAUGUUCGUUAAAAUCCAGCAAUGGUGCGAUCAAGAGUCGUACAAUACGCGCUUGUAUGCGUUCCAAGUGCUGGAGGCGUUUCUGCGUCGAGCAGCGCUGAUCUUGCACAAGAAGCAAGCGUGCUCCGCUGCUACUCAUGGGUUGUUUGUUUUGUCGGACGAGACUCUGACGAAGCUAACUACGGCUGUGUUGCUGAAUUGGGAGCACCCGUCAAAAAAAGUGAACCAGUUUAUGGCCGUUAUGUUUGCUCACAUUGUGGACUAUUCCGUGCUUUCUGGUGAAUAUCAGAAGUGGAGUGAAACGAUCUUACCAUUUUUGGUGGAGUUGCCAUCCACUAGUCGCGCCAAGUACGGGUCAUUGACGCUUCUGGUUGAAGUGGCCGGAGCUAAGCCUGUGCUGCAGGCAAGUCCAUCGUUGUUAUCGUCGCUGCUUUCGGCAGUAGGUCAGAAAGACUACGCCGCCCCGGCAGCAGCAAAUCUGUUUGCUCAGAUUCUUGACAACCUCAGUCCGGGAAGCAGCAAGAAUAGUAAAUGCAAACCUGAUGACGAGGCUGUGGUUGCGCGACGCGAGCUCUGGCUUGCUGAUGUGGUUUGCGUACUUUUAUCGAAUGAUGCAAACCUCCGAUCGCGGGUAGCCAUGUAUGUGAUCCCACUUUUGCUAAAGAAGGACCCUGAUUGUGUGCCCAUCCUGAUUAAAUGUCUACAAGAGGUCGCUGCAAAGGAUCAGGCUGAUACAGAGGCUGUCGAUAUCGCGUUGUGGGCUGAGCUGGUUGUGCUGAAGUUUGCGCGAAAGAAAAUAGCACCUGAGAAGCUGACAGGUGUGUCGAUGGAUCAUAUUCCGCGCGGUCUUUGCCAUGCCGAUAUGGAAACACGUGGCACAGCUUUUGAUGCGUUAUGUGCGUCGUCGAAAUCAACCAGUAUGCCUAGUGACGAUGAGUUGCGAUGGGUGAAGCAUUAUCUGGUGGUGAACGGUAAGGAGAUCGGUCCUUCUGUUCGCAUGAACACGCUGAUCGGCCUCAAGACAGUGCUGACUCGCAUAAAAGAGACCCUUCGUGUCACGAGAAAAGAUGUGACUGAAGAGGCCACAGACAAACGUGACAAUGCGGAUAUGCAAGAUAAACGUGUCGCUGCAGUCUCGUUUAAACAUUGGAUAGAGCGCUUUGUUGUCGCAUCGAUAUACCCUGGUGCACUUCCUCAACGCUUGACGUUGGGUCUAGAGGUUCUUCUCCUGUACAUCCAGCUGUUCGGCGUUAGGAAUGACGAGGCUGAAGAGCUUGCAGGAAGUUUUUUGCUCACAGGGCAUAUGGUGACGACCCUCCUCAAUAUGCUUACGAGCGCUUGGGACUCAGUUCGGUCUCUGGCGUUUACCAUCUUGGACUUGUAUCCAGACGACCUUCCUGGCUAUUCUACGCGAGAAGAACUCCGCACUUUUGUCGACUGGGCUGUUGGUCUUUGCGGUAGUCCUCGUCAGCGCGAAAGUGACGCUGGUGCUAUGUUCAUUCGGUUGCUGUUCCAGAAGUGUAGUUCAGCCAUUCAGCGGUAUGGGCUAAAAUUCCAGUGUACGCCGGAGCCACAAUGCAGUGCUACCGGCGUAAACAGUGGCGAUCCGGAUGUGGCUUUUGUAUUGCAAUUGACGCAAGUGAUUCUUACACGUGUAGAAGCUCUGAGUCUAUCGGAAAUACGACAGGGCAAGUCCCCACUUGUGCAUGGCUUCUUGCUGUCACUGCAUUACGUUCUGGAAAAUGUGAGUUUUGAGAAGUAUUCUGGUAGCAAAGCUGCGGACUGGUCGCGGGCAAUGAAGCAGGUAUUCGUGGCCAUUCACCAGUCCAUGGGUGCAUCCCUGGCUGUAGUCGGUGAUGCCACUGCCGGCGCUGGCGACGAAAAUCUGUCAGCUUCGUUUGCAGGUGUUGUGGGCGAGGUGAGUACAGUGGCUGAAACUUCGAGCUCAGCGUUGCGAGUGGACUGUCGUGGUCAUUUAAUUGUCGAAGAUGGUGGUGAUGACGGAGACGAUGACGGUGGGAACACGGUACAGCGCGCCGUGGUUGGUAGCUGGCUAGCUGUUCGCGAGUGUGGCGCAAUCAUCGAAUUGCUAAUGCGGCGCGUACCGCUCCCGACCUCGAACCCGACGUCGGCUAGCGUUUCUUUGUUCACUAUUGACAUGGCUCAGCUUGGAGGAGAAACGCUGCUUAACUCGCUGUUUGAACUCAAGCACAAGGGUGCAGUUGCUACGGUAUACCAGGCAUUUGAAGGUGUUUGUCGCGCGUUUCUUGCUCACGGUGAACAGAGUGCAGUACUUGGGGCCUUGCCAGCGCAAUGGGCGGAUCGUUUGUUGGACCGUCUGGAGCGAUCAGAGCAGCAUUUUAUUUUGCGUCGUAGCUCAGGCUUUGCUUUCAGUUUUGUCGCAAUCCUUCGUGCUGAACCGCGUAACUCGGCAGCCGUCAUUUUGCCUAAGGUGAUGUCGACGUUGCUACGUCUAGCCGGCAACGAUACUGACGCUGUGGAUAAAUGUGAAACGCACGAGGAGCAUCGUUCACAAUGGCGUGCUCGUGUGCACGCCCUGAACAUUUUGAAACUCAUUUGCCAGGACGGAGUAUUGGCCGAAGACGUUGCUUGUUACGUUGUGGAUAUGUUCCAGCUGUCUGUGCGCGGGUUUGAAUGUGGGUCAUGGGCUGUACGCAACUCAUCGAUGAUGCUUUUCGCUGCAGCCGCCCAGCGUGUCAUUGGAGAUAAACGCAUUGCUGAUGGUAAAACUCGCCAACAAGUUGCCUGUGACGACGUGUUCUCGCGCUUUCAGCAGCUGCGUAACUUUCUUGCCCGUGAAUUGACUAGGCUGCUCGAAAUCGAUAGCGAGUCUAUUGGCACAAAAGCGGGAGCAGCACCGCCUGGCCUUUACUCAUUGCUUCUGUUUCUGAGCCGCCUUCGCCCCAACGACGACGAUGACCAGCGUGUAGCUAAUGCGCGUGUUUCACCCUGCGAUGACGAAAGUGGUUUAGCAAGCUUUGUCCAGCCUAUCAUGAAAUGCGCUUCGCAGUCGACAAUGGCGAUUCGGCACAUGGCUGCGAAGGUCCUGGCUUCUAUCGUAAGCGAUGCUGAUGCUGCACCCGUUUUGUCUAUUCUCUGCACGAAAAUUCCUCAAGGUGUCGUAAGCGCAAGGGACCGCCUUACUGUCUCGAAUGCAAUUCCUCACAAUUUUGUCCACGGUGUGCUCGCUCAAAUCCGUCACCUUACUCGCAAGUACUUGGUUGCCCGUGAUGUGCGAAAGAAACUCGCCCUUGUUGCGAGGAGCACACAAAGUGAAAUUUUCGAGGUUGUUGUGACCAAGCUGCUUCCAUCAACAAUGUGGCUGUGGACAGGUCAAGAUGCCAGGUCACUGAAUGCUGUCAUCCGUGCAGAGCUGGUGGCGAUUGUGGGUAUCAUUGUGCAAUUCUACGCACAAGACAUAUCUAGUGCGCUUUCGACGUUGAGGUCGGACUCAACCAAGAAAGCAUUCGUUUUACUUGUUGAGCAGAUCCAGAUCGAAGUUGAGCGCCAGUUACAGCAGCGCUGUGAUUCAGAUUGGGCUACUGCGGUCCGUUUGACUAACGAACCGGGUAUGUACGUACUGGAUCGCACACUGGUAUCCAUUUGGUUCAGCAUUCAGGCGAUGUCUGCAAACGGUCGGCUGCUAGACCUGAUGAUAAAGAAAAUGCUGGUGUCCCACGUACUCGAAAUUCGCAAAAAUGCUACAGAGCAGCUUGUGGACAAUUUGGUUAUCGCGACUUUGGACACGGAAUCUAUUGCUGAGCUACAAACCAUUUUGAUCGGUCAGUUUCUUGUAGAGUCACACCCGAAAUUGCGAGCCCGACAGUUGCAGCUACUAGUGAGUUGCCAGCUUCACCAAGCCAUUGCGAUCACGCAGUCUCAGCGAUUGGAAUUGCAAGUCUAUUUGACACGCUUACUUGGCGUCUCUGCAGAUAUACAAGUUCUUGCACCGACGUUGGAGAUGCUCGCUCUCAUGGCUCAUCAGCAGCCAUGCAAAAGUGACGCAGAAAUUGCGUUGUAUCAGACUCUGUGCGAGGAGAUCGAGUUGCGGUCUGACGAAGCCCAGCCCCUGAUGCUUCGACAAGCUGCUGCUUCUGCGCUUCAUCACAGUGGCCUCCUUCUUUUGCACAACAGGCAAGUCGGCAGUACUGUAUGUGCCGACCUAGCACUGGCGGGAUGGGCGGGCGCGCUGCGACUGCUCCAAGACGACGAUAUACAUGUAAGAGCUAUCGCACGGCAUGCUACUGAGAACGUUCUUCGUACUGUUGACACGGCUGACUCGAGUCGCUCGUCGUCAGAUGCAACGGUGCUACCUCUUGCGGUAGAGUAUGUGGUUUCUUCCUUCGCACGUACUGGACCCGGCGCCAUGGCUUUGUCGACGAUGUUAAUCCAGCUUAUCGACGCUCCUAUUGUUCUCACUGCAUACGUCGGUGCUGCCGGCGCCAAGGCUGUAGACUGGGAUAAUCUGUACCGCCGAAUUUUCGAGUCCGAAAGUAGCAACUACUUUGCUGAGCGUGACGGGCUUGCACAGCACAUGGUGUACUACUUAUUGACUCGUCCAACUAGCGAUAAAGAGUCGAUUCGCCUCUUGUGCGAACGGGUAUUGGCACUACUUAUCAAGGCACUACAAAUUUUGAACCAAGAGGGACGAUGCACCGAAAAAGAAGCGAGUCGAUGGCUUGGCGGUAUCACUUACUAUUCGGACGUCUUUGCCCCUUUAUUUGGUCUUCUUGCGGCGGGUGUAGCCGUCGUGACCUCGAUGUCGUACUUAUUGACGAACGAUCUCCAGUCUCUAGCUUUUCAAGUUCGUGAACUCGCCCAGGAAGCGUGUGACAUCUACAUUAACGACGAUGUCAUCCAUCCUCUAGUGAUGCGCGCGCUGAAACUACUUGCCCGCGGAGACCACUCUAUGCCACAGCCAGAUGCCAUUGAGCCUGUGAGAGAGCUACUAUUUUUGACACCGCACUGGAUGGCCCUGACCGAUUCGGUCAGUAAUUAG